AUGGUCUUCAAGCCCUUCAAACCCCCUCUGAUGAGGAACAGUGUGUCGAAUCCAAUCGAAAUCACUGAUGAACCUAGCCGUCCUGCCAAAAAGCCUCGUCUCGACGAUGAGCCCACUACCGUUGCACAAUCGACUCCGCCGGCCAGCCGAAAGCCACUUCUACAAGUCAAUAAUCGAGGAGCAGAAAGCAUAAAGCAGGAAUCGCUCAGUGGACAGUCCAAGAAUGAACCAUCAGAUGAAAAAUACUUCAAUGUCCUCUGGCGCAAACCGACCGCCAAAAAACACAAAACAUGGGAUGGAGAUGGAAUAAUAUCCGUACGACGAGGAAAUGUAUACCUGCGAGACACAACGGGCAAAGAGAUGGGGCGAAGGGUGCACGAGACUCCCAUCGAGCCCGGAGUAUCCUUCUCGAUAUCCGGCAAAGAAGUCGAGGUAGAAUCUGAGAUUUCUCGCGAAGAGUACUACUCCAAUAGGAAAUUCCUCGAAAGCCCGAAACCGGCACCGACGGAGCCUGCUCCUGCGAAGAAAGAGCUGCCUGCGCGCAAGAAAGGCGAAGCGUCCAAGCCAACAGCAGCUGAGCGCACAGCAUCGCUUAAACGCUCAAUUGCCUUGGUCACAAAUCCAAAUGCCAAUCCCGGAAAUGCACCGGGGACAUUCGCGGCUUACAAAAAGCCUUUGUUGGACAAUACUGUUAUUCCCAAAGCCCCCGGGAAAGUCGUGCCGCGACAUGACCCGAAGGCAGCUGGUGCGUUGGUCAUGCCGCGGCCGAAGUCUGUUCCGAAGGGAAGACAGGUUGUUGAUGUCGUUGUCGACCCGUUCUUAAGCAAGAAUCUGCGGCCUCACCAACGUGAGGGUGUUCAAUUCUUGUAUGAGUGUGUCAUGGGUAUGCGCGACUUUAACGGCGAAGGCGCUAUUCUUGCAGAUGAUAUGGGACUGGGCAAGACUUUGCAAACUAUCACACUGCUUUGGACGCUGUUGAAGCAGAACCCGGUCUUCGAAGACCCCCCUGUCAUCAAGAAAGCAUUGAUUGUCUGCCCUGUUACUCUGAUCAAUAACUGGAGGAAGGAGUUCCGCAAGUGGCUGGGGAACGAGCGAAUCGGUGUCUUCGUAUUCGACGAUAAGCGCAAGCGUUUGUCGGAUUUCACCAGGGGCAAAGCUUACAGUAUCAUGAUUGUUGGAUAUGAAAAGCUGAGGACCGUCCAAGAAGGCUUGGCUAAUAGUUCUGGCGUUGAUAUCAUCAUCGCAGAUGAAGGCCACAGACUCAAGACGCUGCAGAACAAGAGUGGUCAGGCGAUUCAGUCACUUAGUGCUAUAAAGAGAGUCAUCCUUUCAGGAACACCCAUUCAGAAUGAUCUGAAGGAGUUCUUCGCUGCUGUGGAUCUUGUCAACCCCGGGAUUCUGGGCAACUUCAAGUCUUUCAUCAAGGAGUUCGAGACCCCAAUCGUGCGGAGCAGACAGCCCGAAGCAACAAGCAAGGAUAUUGAAAAGGGAGAGUCUCGGGGCGAGGAGCUUCGUGAACUGACCUCGAAAUUCAUGCUUCGUCGCACAGCGGAUAUUUUGGCCAAAUACUUGCCCCCCAAGACAGAAUACGUGCUCUUCUGCAAACCGACCCGCCCCCAAGCAAACAUAUACAAGGCUGUCCUUGCCUCUCCCGUGUUUCAAUAUGCAAUGGGUAACACCGAAAGUGCCCUGCAGCUCAUCACAAUCCUCAAAAAACUCAGCAACAGCCCUUCCCUCCUAUCCGCUAAGAACAAUGACGGCUCCCCCAAUGCAACCAUCACCUCUCUUCUCGAAUCAAUACCUCAACCCCUGCACCGUCAUCUUUCCGCUUCAUCAAGUGCCAAAGUCCGCGUCCUCGAUCAGCUUCUCGACACAAUGCACAACAAGACAGACGAAAAAAUAGUCCUCGUCUCAAACUACACAUCAACACUUACCCUUCUCGCAACACUCCUCUCAUCUCUAGGCCUUCCAUAUCUUCGUUUGGACGGCAGCACGCCGGCCCAAAAACGCCAAGGCCUGGUAGAUGACUUCAAUCGCCUCCCCGCAUCACAAUGCUUUGCCUUCCUUCUUUCCGCAAAAGCAGGCGGAACAGGCCUCAACCUCAUUGGCGCGAGCAGGCUAAUUCUCUUCGAUGUCGACUGGAACCCAGCCACAGAUAUCCAGGCCAUGGCGCGAAUCCAUCGAGAUGGCCAGAAACGCCCUUGUCGCAUCUACCGCGUACUGCUGAAGGGUAGUCUUGAAGAAAGGAUCUGGCAAAGACAGGUUACCAAGCUCGGACUUGCCGACAGUGUUAUGCAGCAGAGCAACGGCGGAGCACAAUUCAGUGCGUCUGAGCUAAAGGACUUGUUCCGUCUUGACGAAGAGCGCGCUUGUCAGACACACGAGCUGCUGGCCUGCCAGUGCGGCGGAAGAGGUAUUGCUGAUACGUCUGCUCCUGUCUCUGGCGCCGCGACGCCAGCAGAUGCUGGUUCUGAUGAUGAUUUGUCGGAUCCCCCUUCGGAGGAUGAGUGGGAUUCCGAUGAAUCUGUGCCUAGCUUCCAGUCUAUGCUACGGGCCUCUGAAGUUGAUAUGGAGAAACAGGAACGUGAGAUUCGGGACGGUACGUUCCGUGCUAAAUCAAAGGGGAAAAAAGGUAGCCAUGACAAGUCCAAGAGUCAGAAGGAGAAGAUGCAUCAGUCUCUGGCUCAGUAUGCGCAUAUCGAUCCUACUCUCUUGAAUCCUGAUGCUGAGGAUGAGGAGCUUGACGCUGCUAUCGAUGAUGAUGUGCUUCUCUCUAUGCUCAAGGAUGAGUGCAACUUGGUGGGCUAUGUGUUUAAGAAGACGAAUAAUGCGGAGAUGGGAGGUUAG